AUGUGUCCAAUCCGAUCCCCCAGACGAACAAGACGGCGACGCACCAGCAGCGCCCAGGGGCGUCACCACCGAGGAAUUGUGCGUCGCGCACAAAGAAAUCAUCGCAUGUGCAAUCCCACAAUCCUGUUACUUGCGGUGCAGGCUCAACCCGGCGAGGUUCCCUUAAGCGUGGAGCUGCGCAUCACAGAAGGUGAAGUUGAGUUGGUCAGGCGCGAUAAGAGUGGAAAGAGAGAGUUUGACGGCGAAGAUGAAGAUGAGCGGGUAAAUGUAAAGAGGAGACGUGUUGGGGAGUCGCCGUUGAUGAUUGAGGGUCAGGGUGAGGGCGAGACGAGAAAUGCGCUGAUUCUAGAACCGCCGACGUGGAGGACUGAGGAGGCGGCGACAUGGCGGAGACAGAGACGAAAUCGGACGAUCGAUACACGAGAUGAAGAAGACCAAGAUGGAGACGAAUAUUUAUACCAAUUCCAAGAGCAGCGAGAAGACCAAGACAACCGAGACAAACAAGAUCAACCUCAAUAUCAAGAUGCUGCUUCGGAAGAACUUCUCAUCCCACAAUACAUAUUCGAUCUUGGUGUGAUCCAAGCCUAUCCAACCGAAAACGAUACGCUCACCACCAAACCCAUCCCGAAGCCUCCAUCCCCCCAUCGCCGAAUCACACAAUCAGCCCUCAUCAUCACAUCCAUUCUCUCAAUCGUCUGCAUCCUCCACUGCCUCGUCACAGCCUGGUUCCCCUCUCCGACUCCCUGCCAAGUCGACUGGUUCACCCGCGCCGCCCACAUCGAAAUGGGUCUCGCGGGCCUCUCCCGAAUACUACUCUUUGGCGAAUCCGAUCAGCCGUAUCAUCCCUGCGGACACAAAGGUGCCAACAGACCGCCCAAUCCUUACAAGAACAUACCCCGGUACGGGAACAAGCCCUGGGUUACAACAUCCAAUGGCUCGUACGUGAGCGAGACUCUGUUUCUGCAAGAUCUCGAUGAGGUCUUGUUCACAGCGUUGGAGAACUUGCAGGAGAUUGCCAAUUUUGGUCCUCGGGACUUUCUCUUCUCGAGCGGGAGUAGCACCCAGUUUCGAUGGUCGACAUCUGCUGGGGAGUUUAUCUCGCCCCAUGUUGCGCUGCCGACGUUUCCUGUAAACAUGACUGAGUUGGAGACGCCGGGGGGUACAGUCCCAGGUAUGCCACCGACAACUGGCGACCAGCAACAAGCUACACCUACUGCGCGGCCAGAGUCAGUGAAUCACAUCUACAACGUCGAUCCAGGCCUGGGCAAGCUACAACGUGAUCUCGAAAUAACCUUGCGAUCUCUCCUUCGUCAUCACUCCCAGACGUACGAGCUGUUCACGGGCUUCUUCCUCAACGCCGCUGCUGAUCGGUCGAGCUUUGUCGUCGCGUGGUUGGAACAGCUCGAGAGGGAUCUAGCUAGAGGAGGAUGUUUGAAUGGCAUGUGGCAGAGUGCUCCUACGCCUGAAUACGGCGCUGAACUGGCGACACCCUCUGAUGUGCGGGAUGAGUAUAUCAAGUCAGAUAGAGAGUCAUUGAUAUCACUAUCCUGCUCUCCUCCAGUGCUUAUCGAUCGAAACUGGCCUCAUCUCCAAAGCACGAAUGUGACCAGCGACGAGCUCCUCAAGAUUCUUCACAGCAGUCUCCAAGAUGUGCAUCGCCGCCGCUCCUCCAGCCCAGACGACCACACCCCCGAACUAGCCAAUAUCAUCCCUUUUAGAACCCUUCUCGUAGAGCUGUGUAAUCUGAUGGAUUUCUUCCUCGAUCGCCUCGACCAAGUUGUUGCCCGUCUCGAUGUCGCUGGAGAUGUCAGUUGGAAACCCCAUGUGAGAAAGGCAGUCAGGUUAAUCCACGACGUCAGACCAUUCUUCAAGGAGAUUGCAGCUGUGCGGCUACGACAUUUACGUGACAAAGCCACUCACGCAGCAUCGGUUUUGGAGGAUCUUGAAGCGCAGCAGAACCAGCUACGCUUAGAGAUCAAGACAGCAGUUUCCAACAGAUGGAUCGGCGCAAAUAACCAAGUACUCUACCUUGCGUCUCCCGAGAGUCUGAUUGAAGAAUGGACACGCACGAGCCUCUGGAUCGAAGGGGAGCGCUGGGUCGUCAGACAACAAGCACAACAGCUCGAUGCGUUUUCGCAAGUGAGGUUGCAUAAAGUCAGGGCGAGGAAUACUGAGGAGAGGUAUAUUAUUUGGAGUCGCUGGGGUCUUGAUGAUAGACGGCAGGAUCCUGUGGUGAAAGAGGCGCUUUGUUGGUGUGAUGGGGUCGUUGAGAAGGGGAAUUGGUGUGUGAGACGGAAUGAGAGGGUUACCUGUGGGGAUGUGACAAGACGGCAUGGAAACAUUUGA